UUGGAGAGGCAUGUAAACUCAUACACACUGGGGCCCUUGUGCUGAAAGGUAUGGAUACACAGACUGAACCGGCUUUAUUAAGUUAUAUUAGACGUGUUAGUUUGUUUAAGCUUUGAAACAGCGCAUUAACUAAGCAGGAAGAAGAGUAUUAUAUGUUGAAAUUCCUCUCACAGCUGUCUUUGUUUACAUUUGUAUGCAGAAGAUAAGUAAAAAACUCCUCCCGGCUGUUUUAUUUUUUUGCUGUGUGUGGAUGAGAGGUUGAGGUUUUGUUUCGGCUGCUGGUAUUUUAGCUGACAGCUCGCUGAAUAGGGCGAAACCACCAGACACCCUGUGUGAAUAGCUGCAUUGUGGACGCUGGCUGGUGUGUUUGACAGCUCGGGUUCAAACCUAUCUAGGCCUCUUCCACAGAGAGAGGGGGGUUUUGGUGAAAUCUGUGCUUUUAUUCCGCCAUAGCCCGUCUGUCAGGGAGGCUCUUCAUCAUUGCUGUGUUCAGGCUGACACGGUGUGUUGCCUCGCUGAGGGCUAAAUUACCGGUGGCAGCGAGCUGUCCUGUUGUUUAUGGUCGCGCCUUGCUGUCAGCCCGCAGUGCCAAAGUGUCAUCACCAUCAUUUCUGGCGACGAGGAUGCCGCAGACCAACAAGUCCACGAACGCCCCAGCAGCGUGUGACUCUCCAGGAUCAGGUCAAGCAGGAGGAGAACCGGCUGAAGAUCAGGGGCAGAACCGAGCUGCAGUGGAGACAGAGGAAGAAGGAGGAGGAGGAGGAGGAGGGGAGGACAAUGUUGGAGACAGUGAGAUAACCAAGUCCCCCAGUGACCCUAAACAGUACAGGUAAAGGACACACUCAAGUGAUGGGCAAGGCAGUUCUUUUAGAUGUACUGAGUCACUAGAAUCAGUUCACUGAAAAGAUUCGUUCACCAAAUCACUGAAUCAGUAGUUAAAAACAACGAAAAAAGUUUGUCUGACAAAAAUGAUUCCAGAGGGUGUAGUUCUUGUAGAUGUACUUAAUCACUAGAAUCAGUUGACUAAAAAGAUUCGUUCAAAAGAUUCAUUCACCAAAUUACCAAAACCUGUAGCAUUUGGUGGGCGAAGCCUGCAACUCCAGCCAUAGUCAUUAUAUACAUAGACACCUUAUUACGUGUUGGAGCAGUAAAUAUAAAGGACACACUAUAGGGAUGGGCACUGAAUCACUAGAAUCAGUUCACUAAAAACAUUCGUUCAAAAGAUUUGUUCACCAAAUCAUGUUGCAUUUGGCGGGCGAAGACUGCGACUCCAACCACAGACAUUAUAUAUGUAGAUGCCUCAUUACAAGCUGGAGCCAUAGACUGAAUAUACUAUGGACAACUUGGUUCAGUUUUUUUGCACCUUAUGGUUGAAAAACCCGACGCAGUAUUGAAACCAAAUCACGUAGGAUUACAUUUCACAAAUAGGAUUAAAAAAUACAUUUUUUAUUUUUAACGUGUGACAUUGUCCUGUAUUAUUGCUACAUUCCUGCCGUUGUAACAAACCAAACAGAGUGAAAAUCGGGCAGAGAUUCUAAGAGGUAUUAUCAAUAUGGUCGGGCAUUCCUACCUACCGUAAUGCACUGGAGGCGCACGGGGGACCCAUCCAAGAUGGCGGCCGCACUGAUAUGAGGGCUCCAAUAGGCAGUGUCAGGCUUUGAGGCGUCUACGUAUAUUAUGCCUAUGACCCUGACCUCCUGAACUAAACACAGCUGAACGGUUCAGGAUUCAAUCCAAUUUGUAGCUUCUGGGACCGGGAGACGAGAGUGUUUGGAAUGUUGAGAAGAAUGCACCGUUCCCUCACAAACCGCUGCAACAUUAGGAUGCUUUAGGUUUAAUGCACUACUUGUUACAUGCUGUGUCCUAUUGUAUGCAAGUUGUUGUGGUGGCAAUUUAGCAAUAAAAAAAAAAAAGGUAGUUUUGUCCAACAAAAAUGAUUCCAGAGAGUGUAGUUCAAUUCAUGAUUCGUUCACCGAUUGAUUCAAGUGUUGGUGCAUGCGGUCCCUCAUUCGCCGACUGCUCGACUGGCAAUGCUGUUUCUCACUUUAGCUCAACUGAAUCGAAGAAGUGAUUCGGUUCUGUACGGUCACUCAAAAGAUUCGGUUCUUUUGAACGAAUCGUUUGCGAACGUCACAACCCGAACACGCUCCUAUGUGUUACAUUUAUCGCACAAUAGCCCUCCCAUAUGAUUCAUCUCCUCUAUUUCGUGCUUUAUUCUUAGUCAUUGUCACCAGCACAAUUUUACACGCAGCAAGGAUAUGAUCUAAAACUAGAGGGUGCUGAGAAAAUGACCCAGAUCCACUAACCCAGAUCCAAAAAAGAUAUCCAGCGUUUUCUUCCUGAGGCAUUAUUGUGGUGUGAUGAGACGAUUUCAUGCUAUAAGCACACACCAGCGCUUCGGGCCUCUGCGGAGCAUACGCAGAGAAAUAUGCUGUGAAGAAGCGUACAACAAGAGAGUCUCAAAGGGUAUAAGAUGCAGUCUGGUUGAUUUAACAGCCUGUUCAACAUAAGACAAAAAAAAACAAACUGUAACGCAACGCUGAUUCUUAAAAGUCCCUAAGCUGUCUGACCUUUGACCCCUCUCUCCCCCUGCAGGUACAUCGUGCUUGAAAACGGACUGCAGGCUCUCCUUAUCUCAGACUACAGCGGCCCGGCAGGGUCUGAAGACGAAACGGACAGUGAAGAGGAGGAGGAGGAGGAAGAAGAGGAGGAGGAUGAGUCUGGAGAUGACACAGGGAGUGAGUCUGAUGAAGAGGAGGGCGACGAUGAAGGUGACGACGAGGACGACGAGGGGAGUAAGAGGAAAAGAAGCUCAGAGAAACAGGUACGCAGGGGAGGUUUUGAAUGUAGCUCUCCAUUCAUUUUUCAGGAGCUUUGACACGUGUGCAGCGUCUCAGAGGAGUAAAAAAACACUUGAUUCAUGCUGAAACCAAAAAAAAAAAUCACAUAUGCAGAGAUUAUUUAUGCAUGAGGGCUGUCAGCACAAACUGUGAAACUAUUUAUAGAGCUGUUAAAUACACACACUUUCUAACAACACCUGUUCCUAAAAGCCAGCAUCCCCACUCGGACCUGAUACAGUAUCCAAUUCGCGCGUGUGUGUGUGUGUUUUUGUGUGUGCCAGUCUGCAGCAGCUCUGUGUGUGGGAGUGGGCAGCUUCAGCGACCCCGAUGACCUGCCCGGCCUCGCUCACUUUCUGGAACACAGUGAGUAUAAACACCAGAGAGGGUGAAGCCUUUUUUUUCUUCUUCUUCUUUUUGAAAAGAAGUUCUCAUUUUCGCCUCUCGGAAAAACAGGAGCUGAUUCGCUCUCAGGUACUCGAUGUGUCAGUUUGAAAGUCAAGUCGUGUCAAUUUUAUUUAUAAGGCGCGUUUGUUACGUAACAAGAUUUGCCUCAGAGGCUGUACAACAUACAAGACACCCCGUCUCCCGUUUGAUUCCAGGAAUAAUUUUGCUAUUUUUAAUAAUUUAGUGUACCCUCCUUUCCUUAACCUGUUUUGUCUACUUUUACUCCGGUUAAUAAUUUGUGACAUUUCCCAGAAUAUCCUCCUACAAGCCACAGAGAACGCACGCAGGGAACUUGUUGCAUUGAAGUUUUUUUUCCAGUCCAAUAAAAACCAAGAGUUGCUCUUCUUUCUUGAAAUGCCACAGAUGUUCUGAAUUGCAUUCUGGCUUUACUGAUGUUUCUGUCUGUAGAGAAAUUGUUGUAUCUGCCUCUUUGAUAGAUGUGGUUUUUGAGCAUUGUUCCCUCCCAAAAGGUCUGUUUGAAAAGAAAAGAAAGCCUCGCUAGUCUUACGGUUGUCAUCAAAACUGUCACCACACUUUACCGGCGAUAUUUAGAGGAACAUUUACUGCUACAUCUAGAAAAAUAAAUUAAAUUCUAUUGUGGCUUUGCUGGAAAUACAAUGCCACUCCGUCUGUGUUUGGCCCUGCUUUUCCACGUAGUCAACAAAACCACAAAUGCAAGGCACAUACCAGAGUAGCUGUGGUUGAUUUUACCUUCAAAGUCACUUUCUUUUUUUUAUUUCCUCUUCUCAUUGUAUUUUUUUUCUUUCCUCUCUCUGUUACGUCCCAGUGGUGUUCAUGGGCAGCGAGAAGUAUCCCUCAGAAAACGGUUUUGAUGCUUUCCUAAAGAAGCACGGUGGAAGCGACAACGCCUCCACCGACUGCGAGAGGACAGUCUUCCAGUUCGACAUCCAGAGGAAAAACUUCAAAGAGGCUCUUGACAGGUAAAAGGGGAUCAGAAGUCUCUUUGUUUUUCGGAGCAGUCACUCCAGAAGAGUCGACUUCUUGAUAAUCACCAAAUGACUUUCAGACAAACAUAAAACACUGGCGUAAGAGAAGUACAAAAACUCCCCGACCAAAAUAACUUGUCAAAACGGUUGUUACAUUGAUAGCUCUUUUGAAACAUCAUCCGAAUAUUUUCUCUGAAGGAAGACACAAAGAGUUGUCCACAGGCAAAAAAAAAAAAUCACUCUUCCCAGCCUCAAAAUGUUUGUUUUAACCACUCUUACCACUCUGUCACAUCUGCAAUUUCUCUGUUUUGCUGCACUUAGUCUCAUUGUCUGAGUCUGAGUCUGAUCACUUAUCAAAACAUGUGUCUGCUCAUGCUAAUCAUCUAAACACACAGGGGUAUUUAACCGUCCAAAUGCAACUGGACAAGCGCAUAAAUGGGCCAAAAAAUCCUCAAUGUAGAAUGAGCAGAUGAGCCCCCAGUCAUAUUUAGAGAGAGGAAGGGUUUUUUUUGUUUUUUUUUUGUUUAUUUCAAUUCAUCUCACCCUGGUUGUUUGGGACAUGCAUCAAUAGGAGACAUAAUUAGUUUUGAACAAAAUGUUUUCCCAUUAAAAAGAGGGUUUUCAUCGUCAUUUUUAGUCUUAUUUCCUCUUCUACAACCAGAACAAGCAGCUGACACUCACUGGGGUUUAUAUUUUUUACUCUUUCCAACCCUAAUGGACACAGCUUUCCUGCACUGUUGAUUCACAUAUGCGAAACCUACAGCUUAUCAUAAACCUCCACAGUCUGUUUCUUAGCGUCUUUCUCGCACAGAAGUUGAAUUUAAACUUUGUUUUUUUUUCAUUCUCUUAAAAAUCAGUGCAGAAGCCUCUCCCUGCUUCUUUUAUUCCACAAACCUGACAGCCUGACAGCAUUCGAGUUUCUGCUUCCUCCACGCCGCUAUGGGGACAGUAAAUGUGAUGGCUCUUCAGGCUCUUCAUUAAACAGACAUCCUGAUAAAUGACUAAUGUGUAUAGAUUUCUUCAGAUCAGCUUUGAAUUGUCCUGCAAGUUAAAGAGACCCCACCUCUAACUGGUCUAGUCUUUUAUUGCUAGUUAGUUUGUUUGUUUGCAAGAAAGGGUCUAGUGCGGUUAAAAUCUAUGUGUUCUAGAAACAGGAUUGCAAUCCCACUGAGCAUUUUUUGGUCUGAAAGAGGUCUAACAGACGUCUAAAUGUAGCCUAGAUGACUGGUCUAAAAUCAGGCUACCACAGGUUUAAAAAUGAACGUUUUCAGACGUCUAAAUUUAGACCAAGUUUAGACCAAGUCUAAAUCUGCGCUGUAUCUAUACCAGUGGUCCCCAACUUUUUUUGUACCAGGCACCAGUUUCAUGCAGGAAAUAUUAGGCACUUUUCAUUACACUUUAACAUCAACUCACCAUAGUGCAGAAUCAACCCUUUCUCUCUCCGGUGAACUCUGUUUCUGGGUCAUUUUGGCAAGGGCAAGUUUGUGUCGCUGAUGCAGGAAAAUGACGUGCCGAAGAGUCAAGCUUGAAAAUGAGGCGAUGGCAGAAGUGGUGAUCUUUCAAAAUAAGAUACUGGAAGGAUGAAUGAAAAGAAAAAAAAAAUUUAAUCAUCUUUUUUUUUUUUUUUUUGCGGCCCGGUACUAACUGAUCCACGGACUGGUACUGGUCCGAGGCCCAGUGGUUGGGGACCUCUGAUCUACACUACACUGUAUAUUGCUCAACAGCUAUCAUAAUUAUUUUGGUAAAGUACUUGGAGAUCAGUUUUUAAAUAAAUAGUUAUUGAAUAAUGGGUUAAAGUGCAACAUCUAAAUUCUGUAUACAAAUAUUCAUAAUCUAAAUCAGUGGUUCUCAAGUCCAGUCCUGCAUGUUUUGGAUGUUUCCCUGCCCCAACACACCUGAUUCAAAUGAUUAGCUCGUUAUCAAGCUCCGUAAUGGCUUGAUAACGAGCUAAUCAUUUGAAUCAGGUGUGUUGGAGCAGGGAAACAUCCAAAACAUGCAGGACUGGACUUGAGAACCACUGAUCUAGAUGGUUGAAAUUAGGUCGUCUAAUAGCCCUCUAUUGCUCAGUGGGAUAAAGGCUUAAAAGCUUUCAAGGUUUCCAAAUGCUACAUUAAUUUUUUCCCCUCUUCUCCUUUAAAAAAAUGAACACUUGUACGAUCUCAAAAUAAAGCUUUUUGAAGGUUUGUUAAAACGUUUGUUAUGUCUCCGAGGAGCAUCAAACGGCACAGCGUGGUAACAGCUCUUAUUUCUGAUGUAACUCUGUAUCCUGGAAGCGUGUUAUUGUGAUUUCAAACUGUGGACAGCUGAAAACAGCUAGACCUCCUUUUCAGGAUAUGCUGUAAUUCAGUCUCUCGGUGCGUUAGAACUUGGACAGACGUCGCAGGCUCAAUCAGCCACCCGCUAUUAAGCUGUUGUCUGCGGUGUUUAGCUGUCUCUAUAUGAUUGUCUCAGCCUGACCUGUGCAUGUGGCCCUUGAUUAUAGCCUCUUUGUUCUGUCGACCCUCUCAGAUGGGCUCAGUUCUUCAUCUGCCCCCUGAUGAUCCGAGACGCCAUCGAUAGGGAGGUGGAGGCUGUCGACAGCGGUGAGUCCCGGCUCUUAUACGAAGAAGUGCCAUCUUAUCCAGUUCACUCAGAGUUAAACUUUUCAUCAGCUGCUUGCUUUUUGCAGAGUUCCCCCCUCACGCAGCUCUUUUGCACACCAUUGAUCUCCAUCUUUCUCUGUUGUCUGGAGUUUCUCUGUCUCUCCCUCUGUCUGUCAGAGUACCAGCUGGCUAAGCCAUCAGACUCCCACAGGAAGGAGAUGCUGUUUGGCAGUUUGGCUAAACCUGGACACCCCAUGGGCAAGUUCUGCUGGGGUGAGUCGGUAAACACAACCACUGGGACGUUUAUUACACACAGGGCCUCCUUGGGGUAUGUUCAGCAAUAACAAAUGGGAGCCACUGAGACAGAUGCCAAGUCUCCUUUACUGCUGAUAUUCCUGCAUUAGAGAAAGAUUUUCCAGGAUGUUUUAUUCUUCUGCUGCUGGAUUGAUUGUUCACUUGUCACAACCACAGGUAAUGCCGAGACACUGAAGCAUGAGCCAAACAAGAGGAAGAUCAAUGUCUAUAAGCGGCUGCGUGCCUUCUGGAAGAAAUACUACUCAGCCCACUAUAUGACUCUGGCAGUGCAGUCUAAAGGUCAGAAAAAAAUCCAUUUUAUUUUAUUAAACAUCAAGAACUCGUCUAGUGAAAGAGUGACAGAAGUGUAAUUGAUUUCAAUUAUUUCAUUCAACAAAUAAAUUGAUUUAUUGAUAGAAGCGGUCUUUAGAGUAAUGGGCGAUUUGAACUAUCUGUUCUCCCAGCUUUAAUGAUGAUUUAUUUUAGUCAUAUUCACCCAGCUGUUGUUAAUCAACAACCCCAAUCGCGACACUUCUCCAAACAAUCUCAAACAUAAUCAGACAUUUUUAACACGCUUUUUUUUUUCUGAGCGUGAGUGUGUGUGUGUUUCUCCUCAGAUAAUAUCACACAGCUAAUUAACUACCGAUUACAUUUAAUGAUGAAGUGUGCUGACAUUUGGGCGGAAAAAAAAUCAUCUUUAUUAAACAGAUGAACUGCUGGUGUUCUGUGUUUCUGCUGAAACCUUCAUUGUUAUUUAAAAAAAAACGGUGUGGCAUUCAACUACUAAUGAAGAGGAGAAGCUGAAAUAGCUCUUAUAAUACAACACUGAAAUGUGAUCAUAUGUAUUUAAAAAAAACCACUUGAUUCUGCUUACCUCAGGGCGUGCUAACAAGCUGCUGAAACAAUUAUUUUACGGUACACUUAUUACCAGGUAAUUAACAGGUAAUUACCUAGUAACAACAUGAAAUUAUCUGGUAAUUACAUGAUAACUACUAAGUCAAUACUGUCUAGUUUUUCUUUUUUUCUUUUUUCUGUGCAGCUCCAUUUUCAAAAGCUAUUUGGGGUUCUUAUUUUCUUUGAUUGACAUUUGAUACAGCCUAUGGGCGUGCGAAGAUUGCGUAGCGAUACGCUGUUUGAGCCGAGCAUUAUGACAGCGACUCACCCGCCGAAUGCGUACAAUGCUACUGUGCAAGUGGUGGUUCCAGCAAGCGGAGAAAAUCCUGGAAAUACCAGAGCAAUUCGGCUCCAAAUUUGUAUAAUGAUGGAAGGUUACCUACCUGGUAGCUAGACAGUAUUGACUUAGUAGUUAUCAUGUUAUUACUAGGUAAUUACCUGUUAAUUACCUGGUAAUAAGUGUACCGUAAAACCAGAGAAGAUGAAAAAAUAAUUUUAGUCUCAUUUUAUAUCUUCAACAGAUGAGGGUAAAUAAAAGGAGUCUAAAAUGCACCUUAAUUUAAACCAAAGCUGAAAAAUUAGUUGAGGUUUAAUUUUAGUAGAAAACAAGUUAGAGUCCAAAAUCUGCGAAUGUUGUGGUAAGUCUCACUCAAUAAAUAACAACAAAAAAAGUCUAGUUCUAAAUGGGAGGCACUUUUAAUGACCUGAUUUAUUUCAUAUUAUGUCAAAUUGAUGUUUAAUUACCUCUAAAUAAAUAAUUUGAGUGGGCUAAAAAGUGAAACAACACAGUGGCACAUGUUUUUCCAGCUUAAAUCUUCAUGAACUCUGGAUUUUAUUUGGGAUUUGGGUGUACAAUCAAAUUUCAUUGAGGGGGGGCAUCACCUCUGGGGCUGGGACACCCCUUGACAAACCCUGAAUCCGCCCCUGUGACCCACCUCCUUCCUAGUCUUUUCCUGCCCUUCAGUGUUUGAUCUUUUACAAAGACUCCUCCUCAGGCUCCCGGAUAACCCAACUCAGUUUUUAAAGGUUUUGUUAUCACGGCAGGUGAUCUGUCUGUGGACGAUCACCCGCCGUGAUAACGAUCCAAAACUAAAAAAAAACAGCAACCAGCUGCACAAAACAGCAGUAUGAGAAGGUUUGUGUUAAAUAUGAGAAGUUGAUCUUAUUAUUAGCCCACAUUAAAAGGAGAGACCUGUCGGGUCUCUAUGUCUCUGAUCAUCAGCAGAGGAAACACUGUUAGGCGAAGGAGGGAGCAGUGAUCGUUUACUUAUUAAUUGUGGAUAGCCGUGUCAAAAUGACUAAAAAUUGUCCGUGGUUAUGAUUUAACAGCCUUUCUAGUUAUGGUCUAUGUGUGAGAAGCUCUGUUUGCAGUCCCCAUCUGUCCUGUGUGUGAUAGUAAAGCAGAGGGACAGAGUGAGCAUGAUAAGAAAGAGGCUCCUAACAGUUAUUAGUCCAUAUCAUAUUAGAAUAUAAACCCAAGUUUUCACGUAAUUGACUGUUUCUCAUGUUCUUUUUCCUGCUUUGAAUCUCCUCACUUUCCACGUAGCCGUUUGGUCCAUCGUUCAUUAAACAAAUAACUUUAUUGCAGCUUGCAGACGUCCCUUUAAAGAUACCCUGUUAUUUCUGCAACAACCGUGGUUAGCGGUACCCGCCAUUGUGUUUCAAUAACUGCACAAGAUUCAAUCAAAAUGACAAGAGCAUCGAUUUCUGUCGCCUUGAGCAGCCUCUGCCUCAGCUAAACAAAAAGAGCUGGAAGGAUUCAUUGCGUCACGUUGUUUUAUGAAAGAAUAAAGUCAAUAAUUGGCCUUUUUCCAUCAUGCUGUGCAGUGUAGGAGUGUUAUACUUCAAGCAAAGAAUGCACGCACAAAGACGAGUGUUAAUUGCUCCAAAAAGGGAUCCUACCCGUCGAGAUGUAGAGUGCUCAGUUAAAAGGGAGGCUUUUAUCUGAUAAACAUGCAUCCAUCUUCGUCUGUGAAUCAUUUGUGGGUGUAAUUUGGAUACUACACAGAAAGGAGGGACUCUGCCAGUUGAUGUAGAGUUAGAGAUUGUAAGUUAAUACCCUCUGUUGUUAUUUUAAAAGAAUUGUGGCAGUAAAUAACCUCCUAUUACUCCCAAGACAAGCGCUUCACAAUAACUAAACUGCAGUUGUUUUACAUCCCCAUAAAAACGCAACGCCAAUAUAUAUUUUAGUCUUGCGGCCUGGGCUUGAAUGUGCUGCAUCCAACAAACAUUCUGCUUUUUUACUGAGUCUUCCCUCCAAAACCCAGAAUUGCAACUUUCAGCCAGAAUAACUGAGUUGCACUUGAUCUCUUAACUUCUCCUCCUUCACUCCUUUAGAGAAGCUGGACACUCUGGAGGAGUGGGUAAGAGAGAUCUUCAGCAAGGUGCCGAACAAGUGAGUACCGGAGAAGAGGCUCUCAGUCACUGCGAUGAUGAGGAGCGGGUGUGAUAUAGAUUGAGUCUGACUAUCCUUUGAGACUGUACUCAGAUGUAAAUGUCAAGCGCUUCACCGUCUCUUUCUUGGUUCUUUUCAUCCUUUUUUCCGACGCUUUUUUCCUCUCCGCAUCGCACACCUGAAAAGAAUCAUUUAUCCUUUAAGUCAAGCUGAAUUACUGUUUCCUACACAACUCAGCUUCUGUUAGUUUUAUGCGUCACUGCGGCAGUUUCUGUGUUUUGAAGAGAAUCAGCAUGCGUAUCACAGCGGUACGAUAACCACAUUACUCCCCAGUUUUGAUGCUUUCAUUUUGAUUAAAGGAUUACAUGCCUCUGAAUGGUUUGAUGAAAUUUCUCUUAUGUAUGAGCUCAUGGAAAUUCCCAAGCCUCUUAAACAUCCUUGAUUCACUUAUCAAGCUAACAACAUUUGAAAAAAUUAGGUUUAAGGAUUUGAUAAUGUGGGACAGUAAUCUUUAAUCUUCCUCUAAAAAACUUUUCUCCUGUCUCUUGAUAGAAAUUUUCUGUGACAGACUUUUUUUUUUUGUAUUGUGAGGCACGAAGGAUGAGUUUAAGACCUGCUGAGGAGGAUACACUGAAAUAUCGCCAGUGUUUAAUUGGUUGAGUAUUAUCAACGUUGCUUACAAUCACUCUGUUCUCCUUAAAUCCACAGUAAUCUGCCCAAACCAGAUUUCGCUCACAUGCUGGAUCCAUUUGACACACCAGCCUUCAACAAGCUUUACAGAGGUACAAAUCAAUCUUGCCAUGCUCCUUUGAAAGCGAAUACUUUUGAUGUAAUCUGGCUCUGUUGCCAACCUCUAAAUAAACCUGUGGGGUCAGAGGAAAGUCAAAGGGGAGUGAGGCAGAAAAACAUGUUUUUAUUCCUCUUUCUCAGACUUUCUCUGAGGUUUUUAAGACUCUGUGUAGUGUGAUACCAUGUUAUAUACUGAUACAAAAUGAUUUGUGGUACCGUACAACACCAUGUGAUGUUAUUUAAUCUGUCUUUGUGUGUUAAAGUUGUCCCUGUUGGGAAAGUUCACGCUCUGAAUAUCACCUGGGCUCUCCCUCCUCAAGAGAAAUACUACAGGUGAGCCACACAAGUUAAAGGUACAGAGAACCCCCAAAAAAACUACACGCACUCCCUUAACCUUCCUCCUGUGUUAGCUUUUACUAAGCACCCACUAUGUCAAGGGUCGGUUUUGACCCGUGUCUUAAAUCAGCUGUAAAUUUCACUAAAAACAAUUCUUUAUCAUCCAAUUUGGUUCUCAUCUCUAUGAUACCUUUUUUAGGUCCUUACACACCAGGCGUGAAUUCGCCAGGCGAAUUAUUCACCUUUUUUUUCCGCUGGGCAAAAAGCGUCUUUUAUUUUUUCGCUCUUCUGUCGAAUUUUUCGGAGAUUCGCAGGCGAAUAUCUGGACCUGCUAGACCUCUGGCCAAUCAAAAGUCAUGUUGAUGAUGACGUCACAGACCCACGCGGCUGCAGUUCACACGACACACACCACCACUGGCACCAAGAGCAACGAUGGGAGAGUGUGUGUACCACAGAGUGGUCGCCCGGUGUGUAUAAGCGAAAGCGAUUUUUCGGACCGGCGAAUAUUUUUGCAUUUUCGUCUCGCUUUUUCGCUUCGCUCCGCAAAUUUGCUGGUGUGUAAGGACCUUUAGACUUCAUUAUCCAUGACAAUAUUGCUUAUAAUAUUUUUUGUAGUGGGCCUCUGGGCCUUUCUUUGUCAGUAUACCCCUCAUACAGACAUCCAUACUGAUCUGAUCUCACAUGUCUGGACAUGCCUGACGUUGUUUUUUUGUGCAGCGAAAAACAGGCAAAAUGAGAAUUUCCUAAAUCUCACAUGAUUGGAAGAGGAUCUGACUGUCAGAGUGGUGCCUGUCAGUGCACUUAUGAUUUCAGUUUUUGCUCUGACUAUUAGAUAUUGAUCUAACCGGGUCAACAGCAACCCUAAAACCACAAGUGCCAUAAUUUUAAUAAGAGCAUUUUAUAAUUUAGUCAAUUUAAUCUUAUUAUUUUCAUUUAGUUGAAAUCGAGGUUCCUGACAAAGUCAAAAAGUCUUAAUGCAAACAAACUAAUUUAAGUGCUUCUUUUAGGCAUUUAAAAGCAAAAACGGGUCGGAACAGACCCUAACACAGGAGGAGGGGUAAAUUGAAGGAAAUCUCAUCAGAAGUGUUUUCGACCCCGUGUCUGACUUCUUCAGAGCGGCAUCUCUUCACAUAAACAUGGAUUCAGACCAGCGAGAAAGUUACCGUGCUUUACGCUGAUUGUAGGAAGAUUGCAUCAAUGUUUUUUGUUUCUCUUUUUCAUGUUCUUCCCCCUUUUUUUUUUUUUUUCAGAGUGAAACCUCUCCACUACAUCUCUUGGCUGAUUGGCCAUGAAGGCACAGGAAGCAUCCUCUCAGUGCUCAGGAAGAGGUGAGUGUUAUUGCCUCUGUCUGUUUGUUUUUCAGAUUCGAGGACUCUCCAAAAUCCAAUUAAAAGGUCUUCAAUUUGCUGGGUAUACAUGAGCUUUUUGAAGCUUAGAGCGAGCCCCUGAGUACUGGAGCCCAAUCUUCAAACUGUACACUCUGCCGGUCCACUUGACGCAGUGAUUCGCACAUUCUCUGGCUGUGGUUGCAUGAGAGCAUUUCAGCCUCUUGUUGCUAAGUGGCAAAGUGGUUCGCCAAACUCUCCGUGCUCCCAGUGUACCGAGAGCCCAUCCAGUGGUCCCUGUCCCAUCAGAAGCACUUGGAGCAUUUGAUAGAAUAUUCCCAUUUUACAGUGUGUGCUGCUUUCAAUUGUUGAUAAAUGACAAGAGUGAAACUCUGAGAGUACUCAGUCUCAAUUCCCAGUUGAAGCAAACUGCUGAGGCAGUGGAGUGCUGGUUUUUAUUAAAUCCAGAAAAUCACUACGUCGAGAAUGUCAAGAUGCUGGUUUGAAAUUGGGCCACUCAUUGAAACUGGGGGAAGGGCUUCUCUGUCCUUCUGUCCAUCACAACGACUGCUGGUAUACUAUUGAUUACAUGCUUUUAAGUUUCAAGGGCCAUACUGGAGUUUUUUUGUAGGCUUUAGUGCAAACUUGAAUAAUAUAAGAAAACACAUGAUCAUUCUGGGUACGAGCGUGCCACAUUAAUUAAAGUAAUAUCCUGAUGUUUUGGGUUACCAGUAAUUACCAGGUAAUUAACCGGUAAUUACAUAGUAACAACAUGAAAUUAUCUGGUAAUUACAUGAUAACUACUAAGUCAAUACUGUCUAGAUACCAGGUAGGUUACCUAUAGCUUUUGAAAAUGGAGCUGCACAGAAAAAAAAGAAAAGAAAAACUAGACAGUAUUGACUUAGUAGUUAUCAUGUAAUUACCAGAUAAUUUCAUGUUGUUACUAGGUAAUUACCUGGUAAUAAGUGUACCAUAAAAGAAAGGGUUACCAAAAAAUUCUAAAAAUCUAACUAUAUAGAGCUCCCCCUGCUGUCUGGUUUUAGUAUUAAUCAUAAACCCCGCCUCCUCCAUUUUAACAGAUGGGACAGAAUCGUUAUCAAACUUAUCUUUUAAUAUUCAAGCGCCUAUUUUUUAAAGUUGCAUUGAUUUAAAAUUCCUGCUUUAAAUCAACUGGAGAGCUUAGGAGUCUCGUCUGGCUGUUAAAUAUGUAUUUUGGAUUGCCAAAGGGGCGCUCCAACAACUCCACCAGCCAAAUCGCUUCUAGGCAUGCCUUGGCUCCAAAAUGCAUUACAGCACAAUAUGUCAAUGCCCACUGAGAUGGUAAACUUCAAUUCUGAUUCAGUGGGAGGAGAUGGAGGGGUAUUGUCUUAGCUUUUUAGCUAACUGAAUACUCUUCUUCUUGUUUGACGUGUCCCUUUUCACUCCUAUAUGAAUCAGAACAGCCUUUCAUCGCUAGAUUAGCUCCAAUUUAUCUGAAGGUGUCUGAUGGCAAGCUUGUGCUUUAUGCAUCCAAAGCACAGUCCUCAUAGCUGAGCCUCCACCAUGCAGGUCAAAUGCACAUAUGCUUGGGCGAGACAGCAUCGCUUGUUUAUCUAUAAUACAUUUUCUCCUACAGAGAAAGAAAUCACUCGCAAUAACCGGGAUGCUGUUAUAUGAGAGACUUUAGACCAAAACAGAUAAAGAUGUGUCGAGGUUUGCAGAGUUUUCUCAUGUUUUGUUUCCCACCACUGGUUUCACUUCAUCGCAGUGCAGAAUGAAAACUUUCAGAGGAGUCAUGCUCGCUCGGUUUGAUCCAUUGCAGUUAACAUCAUCUCUUGUUGGUAAUGCAGUGCAGCCUGUUAAAGCCCAACUUCCCUCUUAAGUGCAUCCUCAUCCCACUAGAACAUGUGGUCAUGCAGAUAAAAGCAGAGAAGAAAAUCUCUCGACUAGCUCCAGAAAGUUUCCAAUCUCUGCAAGUUGUUUUUCAUUUCAAAAUGAAGAGAAAGCUGCGCACAAGGCAGAACAUAACCAUAACAAAAUAAUCCAUGUUAUUUCUUCAUUCUGGGGUUUUUGACUGCCUCUGAGGGGCCGCUAAAGUGUGCAAAUAAAGAAACAUGCCGUCAUAUAUUUUGUACUUACUGCCUGCUCUUUAAAGUGCAUUUCCAGUUUACAGCAGAGGGUGAAUCUGCACCAUUAGUCGGAUUUAUUCGGAAAAUUCUUGUUAGUUUAUUGGUUUGUGUUUCUGUAGGUGCUGGGCCCUGGCUUUGUUUGGAGGAAACAGUGAAACUGGCUUUGAUCAAAACACCACCUACUCUAUUUUCUCCAUCUCCAUCACCCUCACUGAUGAAGGUUUCCAAAACUUUUACCAGGUAAAUACAAAACCCAACGUUUUCUCGCUUUUCAUCAUUUUCUGGAAACACUGAAUCUUUGUCGCUCUGCCCUGAGCAGAGGAGUUAAGAGAGAAAACAAGCCAAAGUUGACACAUUAAUCUCCGCUGUUUGUGAUGUAUUUUCCAAAUCAUUAGAGUUUUUCUCGAAGUUAUGAUGUAGAGAUUCUUGCUUAAGGAGUUGCCACUCCGAAAAAAACAGGAUUAUUCUGGCCUGAACCCUGAGUAUGACAACGCUGCAGCAAAAAAGCCUUGUUAUGUACUGACUGGUGCUGAAAUGUAUUCUGCAUUGACCCUAACCAGCCUAUAAGCCUUGUCUAUAAAACUGUAUUAUCAGCUCAGUUGCUAUGGCAGUUCUGGUGUUAAACAGGGACAGAGUGGCUAAACAUCCAACACAGAGGGCAUUUGGAACACUUUGAAUACACCGGAAGGGCAUCCAGAUAGUACUUUCUUUACAUUUUAUCUGCUAAAAGAAAAACCGAAGGGUACUUGGUUUACAAUUAGUUUACGUUUAUACUCAAAAAAGCCGUUAGAGGGCAUUUGGAUCACUUUAAAUAGACAGGUAGGGCAUCCAGAGGGUACUUUGUUUACAUUUUAUCCACUAAAAGAGAAACCAAAGGGUACUUAGUUUGCAAUUAGUUCAUAUUCAUCCCCAAAAAAGCAAUCAGAGGGUGUUUGGAUCACUUUGAAUACACUGGAAGGGCAUCCAGAGGGUACUUGGUUUACAUUUUAUCCACUAAAAGAGAAACCAAAGGGUACUUAGUUUACAAUUAGUUUACAUUUACUCUCAAAAAAGCAAUCGGAGGGCAUUUGGAUCACUUUGAAGACACUGAAAGGGCAUCCAGAGGGUACUUUGUUUACAUUUUAUCCACUUAUGAGGAGGGAUUUUUUUUCCACAUCUUAUCCACUGAAAAGAGAAACCCAAAGGCACUUUAUUGAUAUCUUAUUAGCCAAAAAAGCAACCAGACGACACUUUGUUUUACAAACUUGAAGGGCAUUCAGAGGGCAUUUUGUUUACUUUUAUUUAUUAGAAAGGCAUUUGGGGCUAUUUAUUUAUAUUCUGGCCUGAACCCUGAGUAUGAAAACACUGCAGCAAAAAGGCCUUGUUAUGUACUGACUGGUGCUGAAAUGUAUUCUGCAUGGACCCUAACCAGCCUAUAAGCCUUGUCUGUAAAACUGUAUUAUCAGCUCAGUUGCUAUGGCAGUUCUGGUGUUAAACAGGGACAGGGUGGCUGAACAUCCAACAUGAGGACAGUUUCCUAAUCCUGAGCUCUUCAUGGGGAAAUGUUUCAAUCGUCAAACUUGCUCUGAUUACAGUUUAUUAACGCCGCGAAGGCCUUGAGACUGUUUACUGCGAUCAAGAGGUUCUACUUGAUCGCCCACUCCUUCAUUCAGGGAAAAUAAACCUGCUGCUCAUCGGAUUAGAGUGCGAUUGUUCUCAAUUAUUAUUAUUAAGCUUGUCAAACUAAUGGAGGGCUGCUUAUUUGCUUUCCUGCAAAGAGUUAAAUAAGGACUCUGCUCUCUUUCUGUUUUCUCAUACAGAUUGGAAAGGACUGUUGUUGAGCUAGUAAUUAUAACUCUUCAUGCACAAAAGCAGAGGCUGCACUUUCAAUGACAUGUUGAAAUUUAAGAGGGGGGGGGCUACUAAAGAUGAGCUACUCUCCUUUUUAUUUAAAUAAUGAAACCUCCUUUUAUAUCAUCCUCACUCCUUGUUCUAAUAGGUAAUUAAAUAACCAUGGUCAACAUGAUUGCCUCUACCUUGCAUCAGGUUUAAAAAUAAAACAGGGGUACGCUUUCCUUAAACCCGGUCAUUAGAGAGAAUAAAGGGAGGAUUUAACUGCAGUUUUAGCAGCGCAUACUGUACCUGCUAAUGAUUCAUUAGAGUAAGAGUGCUCUGCGGUGAUUCAUUCCAUCUCUUUUUUUGGUAUUUGCGCUCUCUUACAGGUAACUCACCUGGUAUUCCAGUACCUGAAGUUGCUGCAGACACUUGGACCACAGCAAAGGUACAGCAGCUCUCUCUCUCUCUCUCACACACAUACACAGUCUCACAAAACAUGACAAUAGUGAUAUGUGCAAAAAAAAACACUUCUUGUAGUCAAACAAAAUUUCAGUUUUAGUAUUUUUUGGAUGAACAGAAGUUUAUUUACUUGAGCGGCUCUGAAAGUCAACUGCACAAACAUUUCAUGACCUAAAAAAUGUUCCGCUGAACGCCAAAAAAAAUUUCACCGAAUGCAAAAACACUUAAUCAAACUCAUGAAUACUGCAUGAAACUCAAAAAACAUAAACACAAAUUAUUUCAUGCAAUGCAAAAGUAAUUCCCCCAAAUCCUCAAAUAAUUCGCAGAAUACAAAAUAUUUAAUGAACGCAAAGAGGUUGCAUGGUGUUGCCAGACACUUCACCCUGAUUAAUGGGUUUGGAACCUUUCAACUUUCUCAAUUUUUGCGUCAGCAGUUGUCUUCAACCAAAGUGCCUCUGGAAGGGAUUGUACAGACACCAGUCAGAUUAAGGCAGCACAAAGAAACAGAAAUGUGAACAGACAACAGCAGGAGGAGGAAAGAAAUGCACAGGAACACUUAAUUUACUUUCAGUGAUACACAAAUGGCCAGAUGGAACUUGGUUCACAUUUAAUAUGCUGGAAGGGCAUCAAGAGAGAACUUUGUUUACAUUGUAUCCACAUAAAAAAGGCACUUAGUAAACAUUUCUAUAAAAAAAACACCAGGGCCCUUCAUUGACAUUCAUUCUCGAAAAAGCAAUCAAAGGGCGUUUGGAUCACUUUGAAUACAUUGGAAGGGCAUCCAGAGGGUAAUUGUUUUACAUUGUAUCCACUAAAAGAGAAACCAAAGGGUACUUAGUUUACAAUUAGUUUACAUUUACUCUCCAAAAAAACAAUCAGAGGGCGUUUGAAUCACUUUGAAUAUACUGGAAGGGCAUCCAGAGGGUACUAUGUUUACAUUAUAUCCACUAAAAAAGAAACCAAAGGGUACUUAGUUUACAAUUAGUUUACAUUUACUCUCAAAAAAGCAAUCAGAGGGCGUUUGGAUCACUUUGAAUACACUGGAAAGGCAUCCAGAGGGUACUUUGUUUACAUAUUAUCCACUUUUGAGGAGAGCUUUUUUUUAUUCACAUCUUAUUCACUGAAAAGGCACUUUAUUGACAUUUUAUUAGCCAAAAAAUCAACCAGACGGCACUUGGUUUACAUUUUACAAACUUGAAGGGCAUUCAGAGGGCAUUAUGUUUACUUUUAUUUAUUAGAAAGGCAUUUGGGGCUAUUUAUUACAGGAUUUCCACUGUAGACGCACAAGAGAGCCUUUUUGCACUGUUUUAUCAACUACAAACAUAUUCAAGAGGGUACUUGUGUGGCCUUUUUUUUUUUUUAUUUUGGAUUUGAAGGUACCAGAGGGGCCAACAUCUGCCUUGCCCCCCAUUUAAGCACACUUCUGCUAAUAAAAAGGAAUAGGAGCUGAUUGAUGCGACAGUUUUGGGAAAUAUUUUUUGAUUAACUGUUCUUAUGUGAGAUGUUUUCACUUUUAUUAUUUUUAACAUUCAGUAAAAUGUUUCUGUGGUCAUAAAAUGUUUGUGCGGUUGACCUUUUGGGGAUACUGUAACUCACAGCAGAGACUUUUACUCGUACAUCAGCAGAAUGGUGUUUUUGUAAUUCAUGAAUCAAUAGUUUGUAUUAUUUAAGCCGUUUUCAUGUUCUUUAAUCUAUCUCUUGGAGUGUUGAUGUUUUGACAUCUGAGCUUCUAUCUGAAAUAUCCAAAGCUCAUAUUUCAGUCUGUUUGUUUGCUCGUUCAGAAUAUAUGAAGAGAUCCAGAAGAUUGAAGCCAACGAGUUUCACUAUCAGGAGCAGGUAAGAAUCCCGAUAUUAAUGUGCUGCUGUAUUAAAGGCGUUUCACACAAACAGAAAUCCAAUCCUGGGGCUACUUCUCCUUCUUCAGAUCGACCCCAUAGAGUAUGUGGAGGACGUGUGUGAGAACAUGCAGCUGUUCCCCAAAGAGGACUUCCUGACAGGAGAUCAGCUGUUGUUCGAGUUUGAACCCGAAGUAAGUCGUUCAGUGAUUCAGGGAUUUAUUCUAAAAGCAUACAUUACUUUUUUUAUACAUAUAAGAUGUUAAUAAAACAGAUCAACUGGAAAAAGCUGACAUUUUUAUUCUCUGAUAUGCAGCUGAUUUUAUAGCUCAUGCAUAAAUACGCCGGGUAUAUAUUUGCAAGAAUUGUGGGUGCUGUCUUAUCUUUGAUUGGUGGAUAUUACUUCUCAUCAAAAGUUGCAGAGUAAUUGUGGUUUUGCAUAUUCUGUGUAACUUUCUGUUCAAUUUGGCUGCCUCUUACUGUAAUUGCAAGCUCAAAUUGUCUCACAUAUAUGAGUAAUUUAGAGAUAAAGUAAGAAAAACAACUCUCGAAAAAGUUGACUCUGUUCGUUUGCGUAUGUGUGUGUGUGUGUGUGUGUGUGUGUGUGAUUGUGUGAUUGUGCUCGCAGGUUAUCAGAGCAGCUCUGUCCCUCCUCACCCCAGAGAGAGCUAACCUGAUGCUGCUGUCACCAGAACAUGAGGGCCAGUGUCCCCUCAGGGAGAAGUGGUUUGGCACUCAGUACAGUGUGGAGGGUACGUAUCUGUGUGUCCCUGAUGUGUAUGCAUGUUUUUGUUGGUUUGUUUACAGCCUGCAUGCAGCUUCCCCUUUACAAUACAUGCAUUCAGCGACUGCAUUGUCUUUUUUUUCCCCUUGUGUGGUGAUAUUCAGCCUGAUAUAUUGCAGACAGCCAGCAGUAGAAAUGCCAGCAUUUAUCACUGUCUUUUAUAAGGCAAACAAUAGUGUUGGAACAUUUAAAUAAUAAAUGUCAACAUUUUUGUUUGAGUUAAGGUUUAGGUCACUCACUCAGAGACAUGAAUCUAAACCGUAAAUAUCAUUUGUGCUUUAAAGACGUCCAGCAGGAGUGGAUGGAGCGGUGGACGGGAAACCUGGAUCCGAACAGCGACCUUCACCUUCCCAUUGAAAACAAGUUCAUCGGUGGGUGAAAUAAGUAGAUUCUUCUGAGGCAGAACUGCUGGAAAGUAUCUGAGAAGUGUCUGAUAAGGUGGCCGUGAACGAGGCUUGGUCCAGCGGUUCGUUCUUUUUCUCUCACUCCAUCCGUGCAGCAGAUAGACUAAUCAGAUAUAUUGACCAUACUCAGAGGAGCAGUGCAUUUUGGUCAAUGCAUGCUGUGGUCUGUAACACUUCCUUGUUAGCCACUGAUCUGAGUGAAGAGUGAUCAUUCAAGCUCGGGGUUUUAACUCAGUAGAGCUCUGUUCGGAUAGAGAUCAUAUCAGCACAAGGGAAGACCCAAUUUCAGUCUGAUUUUAUCAAUGCAUUUCCUAAUAAGUGAUUUGAGUAUUGUGUUGAUGGUAUAUAAAGUCAAACACAGCUUGUGGGUGCUACUUUUUACACAGCUUUGUUGUUGCAAAGCGCCCCAAAAGUUUACAAAAAUUGCCUGAGAUCAGCAGCAAAUAGGUCUCCUUUAACCUUCCUCCUGUGUUAGCUUAGGGUCGGUUUUGACCCGUGUCUUAAAUCAGCUGUAAAUUACACUAAAAAUAAUUCUCUAUCGUCCAAUUUAGUUCUCAUCUCUUGGUUACCUUGUUAGGCUUCAUUAUUCAUGAAAAUAUUGCUUAUAAUAGUUUUUUGGGUCUUUCUUUGUCAGUAUGCCCCUCACACAGACAUCUAUACUGAACUGAUCUCACAUGUCUGGACAUGCCCGACGUUGUUUUUUUUGCAGGGAAAAACAUGACAAAAUGAGAAUUUUUUAAAUCUCACAUAAUUGGAGGAGGAUCUGACUGUCAGUGACAGUGCACAUAUGAUUUUUUUAGUUUUUGCCCUGAUUAUGAGAUAUUGAUCGAACCGAGUCAACAGCAACCCUAAAACGACAAAUGCCAUCAUUUUAAUAAGAGCAUUUUAUAAUUUAGUAAAUUUAAUAACACCAAUCCAAAAUCGCACAAUAUAACUCAACGAUGACUCGAAACGCUGUGCUCUGGCGAGAUGUUGGGAGUGACGAAGGAGAGUCGGCGUCUCUACUCCUGCAGCCGAGUUUCAAAUGCCGCCCAUUAGCGCUCCGCCAAUCACGCACCUCCACUCCAUAGCAGUCCUCCAAUGCGCGUCUGGUGUGUCUUCACGCCGCCGUCCAAUCCGGACGCACCACCCCUGUAGUACAGCCCAGAGAAGCAGAGAGCGAGAGGAGGGAAGAAACAAAACUCCUCUACACCAUAAAACAACAAACAACAUAAUAAUCAAUACAAUUCAAAUGACACACCAUCAUAAUAUCAAUUAUUUUUGUUUUUAUUUGUUUGAAAUAGAGGUUCCUGACAAAGUCAAAAAGUCUUAAGUGGUACCCUUACACAGGAGGAGGGCUUAACUUCAAGUUUACCCCUUCAGCUGCACUGACUCAUCCUCCGAAGCAAUUUAUCAGACUUUAAUCAGCACCCUGAGGAGCCACCAUUCAUGGUAUAUGGAUAACGAAUGGACGACACGCCUAAUUGAGAAAAAUCGAAGCCAAAAUACUCAUUUGAGUGUUAAGAGGGACAUAUUGCAAAGACAAGUGGCUCAUGGAGUUAAAAAGUGAAUUUAUGAGGUGUCAGAAACGCAUGCUUAACCUUCAUUAAUAAUUAAAAAUCACGACUGGCUGCUAAUUUACAGUCAAGAACUGGAGUUUGGAAACCCAGUCCGGGAUCGACGUUUUCAAGCCAAACACGGCAAACAAGGCCCCUCUGGUCCAGCUCUGGGCUUUGACACCUAGCAACAUGUUUGAAUUAUUUUUGGGCUCACACAUUAUUUAUGAGAUGUACCAAGCCGAGUUAUGUUGCUCUGUUGUUGUUGUUUUUUUUUGGGGGGGGUUGUUCAGCCACUGACUUCACCCUGAAGCCCUCUGACUGCCCGGACACCGAGCUUCCCGUUCGGAUAGCCGACAGCGACAGGGGCUGCCUGUGGUACAAGAAGGACAACAAAUUCAAAAUCCCCAAAGGUAAAUAACGUGGGCGUGAGUUUGUGUGUGACUGUGCUGUAUGCAUCAUUUAGCAUGCAAGAUGUUUCCAUACCGGCCUUUAGCAUCAUUACGGAGUAUAUUGACACUCAUUUGUCCUUUUUUUUCCCGCUGCAGCCUACAUCAGAUUCCACAUAAUCUCUCCUGUAAUCCAGCAGUCUGCCAAGAAGUAAGACCGAGCUCAGAUAUGACCUUGUGCAAAUACUGUUUGUAACACUGAUUUACAUUGCUGUCUAUUCUCUAUCCUUCACUCUUUUUAUCCCUUCUUCCCCUCCCUGCUCCGACAAUUUCAUCCAAUUUCCCCUUUUUAUCACUUUUUACCCUUCUUACCUGCUGUCCUUCCCUAUUUCUUCCCCCUAUUUCCUCCCUCACCUUUUUUUCCUUCUUCGCUUUUAUUUAUUGCCUGCUCUUUACUUUUUAUCUCUCCUGUCUCUUUUACUGCCUCGCUUCUUUCGCCCUCGACACCUCUUUCCCCUUCAACUCAUCCUUCUCACCUCCUUUCCUCCACUUCUCCCCUCCCUAUCUCCAUUCGGCUUUUUUUCUCGUCUCUAUCUUUCUCGAUUUCUUCUCCCCUCCCCGUCCUCGCCCCCUCUCAUCCCUCCUUCUCAGCGUGGUUUUAUUUGACUUGCUGGUCAACAUCCUCGGCCAUAACCUUGCAGAGCCGGCCUAUGAGGCUGAAGUGGCCCAGCUGGAGUAUAAACUGGUAGCUGGCGAGCACGGCCUGGUCAUCAAGGUUAAAGGCUUUAACCACAAACUGCCUGUGAGUGAAUUCAGCAGGAGAAACUGCAAAAAACACACACAAAAAAACUGAAAUUAUUACACACAUACACAACACACGACUGUUGUCUAAAUGUUUAACCUUAAUUCCAGAGGACGCUGUGAGAAAUGUUGCUAAAAUCUGUUUGAUGUUGAGGAGCAUGUUUACCAUUCAGUUGCAUCACCUCUGUCUUUAACAAAUCUGUGUAAAUAUGAAGCAGCUGAGGAGUCCACCUCUCCGAUGAAAAUCAUGUUUUUCUUGUUGUCUACAUGUUCAUGAGGCAUUUUUCUGAUACUAGAGGACAUAUCAUGAGAAAAAGAAGUGCAAAAUUGUAGGGAUGGACUGAUACCUCUUUUUGAUUUCCGAUACCAUCUCUAAACUUUAGAAAUACCUUAUUUGCAUGGAUGCUAUCUUGCUUUUCGCUUCGUUAAGCUUGAAGUAACUCCACACCAUCGACAUCGAGACACGCGCAGCAACCGCUCUCGGCUUUCUUUACGGCACGUCGUGAAGCAGUAGUAAUUGAGGCCAGAAACGUGAACUGCUGCGGGAUCGGAUCGGAAAGUUGCCAUUGUAAAGUAAAUUAUCCGGUGCUGUAAUUUCGUCCAGUAUCGGAAUGAUACCGACACCCAGUAUUGGAUCGGCGCAUCUUUAUAAAAUUGUAUUUCUGAGUAUAUCUGAAUUCAAAUCGCUGUGAAUCUCUGGCAGACCCAAAAAGCAGGAUCAGAUACAGUGAGAUUUCAUAUGUAAGCAAUCCAAGCUCCGCCCCCAGAGCCCCGCUAUGCAGGCCAGGCUUGGAGAAAUAGAGAGGAUGAUCGAGGAACAAGCGUGUCUACUACACCAGCAAUAUUAGGUUGCAAGCACAGGUGACGUGAUUUUGGCUAAAAACUUCAUAAUCACAGUUUAAAGAUCACUGGACACACUUGAAGUAUUAAAAGAACAAUCAGAGUGGGACUUUAAGGUUUUGAAAUUGAAAUGUUUUCCCCUUCUUUCUGCUCAAAAUGGGGUUUCAGUUUUUGCGUCAAAUGUUAGCAACAGGUGCGAAGUUGAGAUUGCAGACAGAUCAGUUAAACACAGGGACUCUUUGACUGCAGAGCCAUGCUGGAAUAUCCAAGGUCUCCAUUGCAGCAUUGUCUGACUGGCCACAUUUAUGGCAUUAAAAAACGAGCAGCAACCUCCACUCAUGGAGCAAAAAUCAACACAUUUACAGCCCACUUCAAAUAGUGCCUUCCCAGAUGUGUACACUGCUCAUACUCGGGGCACUCAUGUCUUCUUAUACCAUCAUGGAUAUUUGCUUUUGGACUGCGCUGAGGUGAUCCGUGAUUUCCAGAAAAAAAAAAGUCCAAUUUUGAUUCAUAAUUCAUCAGAUCACAGGACAGUUUCCUCUUCUCCUCAGUCCACCUUAAAUGAACUCAAGUCCUGAGAAGUCACCAGCAUUUCUGGUCCUGUGUUUAUGGUUUUGCAAAGGAAACAUUAAUCACAAACACCCCCUUUCCCUCAAGACCCUGUCUGUUACUGGAUAUUCCUAAUAUUGUGUUUCAAUAACAAAUUCAAAUUCAUCAUUCGUUUCUAGUAAACGCUGCUCUCUUUGGCUCGGUCACUCAUUGAUAAAAACUUGUCUACCACUGUUUGUUUAUCAUUAAUUAAAGCUCCAUAGAUCAUCAGAACAGGCUGUAAUGAUUGGUAGGUGGGUCGAUGGCUGUUCAUCAGUGGAUCCAGUUCUGUUUGAGGUUUCUGGCUGUUAGAAGAAAGUCUCUGCUUAUUCCUGUCGCCAAGUGUUUCUAAAGCGUGCUCAUGGAGGGUCUACGUUAGAUCGCUUUCAAUAACAUGACAGACGACAGCCUUGAACCUUCUCUCUUUGGAGAGUGCUGCAAUUUAGUGCUAUAUAAAUAAGUCCAUUGAUUAAGUACAAGACUUUAGCUGUACUUUGUCAACGGUGGACUGUAUAUUUGCACCUGUCACAGAUAGCAGUUUGAGUUAAGUGCCAAUAUGAGACCUGUUUGCUCACACACAGAGGCUAUAAUCAUCUCUGCAGCAGCUGGAGGUAUGAUUUAAACCUCAGCCUUUUACUCCACCCACUUCUCCUCAUUGUUCCUGUUUGCUCUCGGCUGUAAAAAAAAAAAGAAAUGACUCCGUGGGUCACCACUCACUCAACCAGGAAUGUCUCCUCUGUAAAAUUAGCAUUGCUAUCAUGCUCCAAAUAUGAGUCAGGCUACGAUCAGAGAUAUAGUACAGGGUAUCCACCGUCACAUAUUACGCAGACUUCAUAGCUUCAUAGCGCAGAAUUCAACAACAGUAGACUGAAAUGUGUCGGUUGAGAACACAGUCAUGUCUUGUUGUUUAAAUAUGAAGCUGGAGCCAGCAGGCAGUGGGCUUAACUAAGCAUUCAAAUGCAUGUUUAUUUUCUCACUUUCCCUUUUUGCCUCAUGCAAUUGCCUCAUUUUCCUCUUUAUAAUGGUACACUAAUAGGAUUUGUAAUUAAUUUGGAAUUUAGAGGAAUAGACUUCCAUGCAGUGAGUGAGUUCAGGGUUAAUUACAGUGUAUUUAUCUGAGUGAGUUACCCUCCAAAAACGGGAAGAUUUCAACUUAAACUAAGCCGGCUUUGCCCUGACGGUAAUGAAACGGUUUUGCCGGAGUAAAACCAGCUAGCCCCCGGUUAGAGCGUUGUAUUAUUAACUCAUCAUUUUGAAUAUGAGUCUGAAAUAAGCCAAUAUUUCCCACAAUGCCAAGCUGCUCCUUGAAGAAAUGAGCGCUGGAUCACCACAAGAUCAUCUGUAUGAAGAUGCUCAUGAAGGGCUUGACUGACACAGUACCAUGCUUCUCCUCCACGCACAGAUGUGUCUGUUGUCCUCGUACGUGUUAAUUAUGGCGAGUCUUCAUCUCACCUGCCUCUCUGUCAAUCUCUCUCUCUCUCUCUCUCUCUUCAGCUGCUCUUCCACCUGAUCAUUGACCACCUGGCUGAUUUCUCGGCCUCCCCUGACGUCUUCAGCAUGUUCGCCGAGCAGCUCAAGAAAACCUACUUCAACAUCCUCAUUAAACCUGAGAAACUGGGGAAGUGAGUUGUUUAUCUGCCCUCUUACUCUUUCUCUCUCUCUCUCUCUCUCUCUCUCUCUCUGUUUCACUCUCUCUCUCUCUGUUUGUAUGUUGUUGACUUAUCUUCAAGUCUGUGAUGCCUUCUAGUGGUGAAAUGUGCGACAGUCCUGGAUGGAAAAAAAAGACCCUCUCUUCCUUUUGUUAUCUCCUUUCUCUCUCUCUCUUUCCUCAGGGAUGUGCGUCUGCUGAUCCUGGAGCACUCUCGCUGGUCCAUGGUGGAGAAGUAUCAGGCUCUGACAGCCGGGCUGAGCAGCGAGGAGCUGAUGGAGUUCAGCCAGAGUUUCAGGGCCGAGAUGUACGCUGAGGGUCUGGUGCAGGGCAACUUCAACAGCGCCGUGAGUGAACGCAGACAAACAGAUUGAUUAACAAUAAGAUGAUCUGAUUAGUCAAUGACUUGGUUAAUACGUACGUUUCCACUUUUAUCAACCGAGCCUGAGUGCUCUUCACAUUUGUGUCCUGUCUGUUUGAUCCCGGCGCCUUGAUCUCAACCUCUUCAUUAUCCUCUAUUGUAUUUCCUCUGCAGGAGUCACAGCAGUUCCUCCACUAUGUCACAGAGUGAGUCAGCCAUCACACUGAAUAAACUCCCUAAUGAAAUACCAACACUGUAUAAUCACAUGGAUUUGUUUGCCUCUUGCCUCUGUAAUUUGCAUUAGUUCUGGUUGUUGAAUCCAUUACGCCCUUUGAACCUUCUGCAUCCAUGUUUUUCGCUCCUCCUUCUCCUUCUUCUCCUCAUUUUAUUUCCUCUUUGUGUUUUUUUUUAACCCCCUCCGGCAGAAAGUUGCAGUUCUCCAAGCUGCCAACGGAGGUGCCGGUGAUGUUCAGAGUGGUGGAGCUCCCUCUGGGGAACCACAUCUGCAAGGUCAAAUCGCUCAACAAGGGAGACGCCAACUCUGAGGUCACGGUGUACUACCAGGUACCAAAACUUACACACUGAUAAUACGCAACCAUUAUUCCAGAGUACGCCAUUAAACUUUAAUUUUUCUGCAUUUUUCUCUUUGUUCUUUCAAGUCUGGCCCAAAGGGACUGAGAGAGCACACACUGAUGGAGCUGUUGGUGGUGAGAAAUGAAUUUAUCGCUUUGUUUAUUCUUGACUCAUUCUGCUUUCUCUCAUGCUCGACUAAGUUGUCGUUGUCUUUCAGAUGCACAUGGAGGAGCCCUGCUUUGACUUCCUCAGAACCAAAGAGACUCUGGGGUGAGUGUUGUUGCGUUUGGCAGCCUUAAACUGCAAAUAAAGGCAUUCGUAGAAUUUGUGCAAAAUAUAUGACAAGCCAGAUUAUAAGACACAUUUUUUAGGAAAAUACUCUUUAAAGCUCCUGUUAGGAGUUUUUGAUAUUUAUGAAAUGGCUUGGAAUUCAUAUUGACGCCUUGUUGAAGUGAACAAGACCGCCACAGAUGAGACAGGUGGUUUUACUGCUGUCAUUUUUUAAGACCUGAAACUAGAUUGAUUUAAAGGAAAUUUAAUACAACAGACAGUAAAUAAAUCAAGGUAGGUUGAUGAUUUGAACAUGUCAUGACUUGUUUUGCAACUUGGAUCUCUUUACAGUAAGAGAUCCCAUCACAGCAUCCUGUUUACAGGGCGGAUAUUAAACACACAAUAAUAGGGUGUAAUGUAAAACAGCAAAGACUUAAAAAUGAACCUGUAGCAUAUAGGCGUGUGCCGAUAUGAAAAAUUUGAUAUCAUGAUAUUGGUGGCCCAGAAUAUCACGAUUCACGAUAUUAUCACGAUAUUAGCGCAUUGCUUUUAACGUUAUUAAAAAUGGCAAAAAACUGCGAAAUCACUUCUCCGUGCACAGCAUGACACGCACAAACAGUAUGAGCAAGAGGCAGCUCACGCGACGUUGGGAGCAUUAGCUUUUUGGAGCUAAAGUUAGCAGAAACGUCACUAACGUUGUCAAUAAUAAGCAGGAGAGUAGACCAAACUUGUUGCGGUCGUGUUGUUUUUACCUUGAUUUUGGCGAACGAUGCUGGAUGGUGUUCACAGAUGUGGGCACGUAGGUUUGAAGUGUUAGACAACGGCGCUGCAACUUCCUUAUGGCAUAACCUGCAGAUUGGUGUCAAGUUUACCUGCUCCGUCUAUUUUGUGAAGCCGUAAAACGUCCAUAGUGCCGACUAAACCUUUUUAAUAGGAGGAUACAGCCGAGGCGUUUCGUCAUUCUCAGAGUCUCCAACUGUUCUUGGUCCGGCUGCAUCGUUACAUUGGUUGGAAGUUGGAACGUUUGCGUCAACUUUUUUUUUCUUCUUUAAACCGUUUCUGGUUCACAGAGUGGACACGCUCCAACAGUGCUUUGUGUGGCCCCAAUGCAUUGUGGGUGUCCACGCAUUUUGUUGUAAAAUUUCUUCAUUUUCUCUUUUAAUGUUCCCGUUUUUGUUAGGCUGGCACUAAUGUACUUAAUUUGAGAGUUUGUUUUGGAUUUGGGACUACUUUUGUGGUGGUUUGUUUGUACAUUUUGUUACCGAGGAUUUGACACCGUGGGUAAGACUACAAGAGGGUUAGGUUGGUAAGUACUCGGCUUCACUCACUUCCACUGAGUGUCGCUGCCACUCGUCUUUAAAUUAUAAUUGUGGAACGAUUAUUACAGUACCUUACAAUUUCAUCAUCGCGGUCGUUUAAUAUCGCGAUUAAAUCGUAUAUUGGCACAUCCCUAAUAGUAUAAGAUUAUCCAACUUUUCUAAAGGUAAACCGCAGGGAAAAAAACGCUUAUAUCUGUGUCAAUAUGAUAUGUUUUUAAGAGAGACUCAGCAGAACAGAUAACAUGAGUACUGACAGUUUUUACGACAGUCUUUAUCUCCUCUUGACUUCUCUCCUUUAAAAUCAGUCUCCACCUUAUUUUAUCUGCUUCUUAACUCCCGAAUGCUCAAGGCGUCAGUCCACGUGCAGCCCCUUCACUGUGACAUCUCUCCCAUAGUGCAUAAUCACAGGACCGUGUGUGUGCAUGUGUGUGUGUUUCCUCUGCGUUUGCAUGUUCAGCAAUUGAAAGUAAAGACUAAAUUCCCCCAGAGAUUAAUUAAGUUCUUCUUCUUCUUUUUCUUCUUCUUCUUCUCAAGUCUGUCUCUUUACAAGAAGCACAAUGUUUGAAUUCCAAAUGUGCCUUGACAGCUCAGAUUAUCAUGAUUUUGCAGAUAUGUUUGCAGAUUCAACAUUUGUCCGCUAACCUUUCCCUUCACGAAACUUAAAGCUCCUGUAAGGAACUUUCGCUCUGCAUCAACUUUGAACAAAACAGCAUUUGCUUUUCUUGUCCUUCACAUGCCUGAGUAAUGUCUGCUGGCAUUAAAAUAGAUGUGUCUGACACCUACACCCUCACACUGAUUUGGGACAUUAAAAAUAAACUGUUAAUCUUGUCGCUGAUGGUCUUGUUUGCUUUUGUUUGUCAGUAAAAAGGCAUCAGUAUGAGGUUUGGUUUAUUUCAUAACUAUCAUAGGUCCUCACAGGAGCUUUAGAUUUACAAAUGUUAAUAGAGAUCGUUGUCUUUUUCUCUUUUCUUCUGUUUUACGGCUGUAUUGUUGUUUUUAAAGUUUAAAGAACAACAUGUUUUUCCAGAGCUCGUCUUCUUAAUCCUCAGUUUAACCGCGUCAUCGUCAGCGGGGAAGAUAAAAUGUGUUUUAUGGAGCAGUUUGAUCAAACUGCAGCACUAGUUUUAUUUUGAAGUGAAAGGAAAGGCAGUCACGACAGACAGAAGAUUUCCUCCUCGUGUAGACGCCCUGAUCUCUCUCUGUUUAUCUGCCUCUCAACAUCUCUCCUCCUCUGCUCCCUUUUCUUUUUUUCCUCAUGUCUCGCUCCGCAGGUACCAUGUCUACCCCACCUGCAGAAACACCUCAGGCGUUCUUGGGUUCUCUGUCACCGUGGAAACACAGGCCACCAAGUUCAAGUGAGUCUGCAACACAAUCAUAACCUUUCAUCCGCCCAAAAGCAAGAUACGAUUUAUCUAAAACGCUUCCCCAAAACCAAGGUAUAAUAUAUCUCUCCACUCACCCAAACCCACGCUCGAUUUAUCUGUGUGGCCCUGCAAAGAGAAGCGCGCAGAGCUGAUAAAUGACUAAAGGAAUCAAAUACAGCCUAUAGCAUAUAAUAUAUCUCUUACCUCUCCUGAACUUUUCUCUCUCAGCACCGAGCUGGUGGAGUUAAAGAUUGAAGAGUUCUUGGCUUCAUUUGGGGAGAAACUUGAUUCGCUGACUGAGGAGGCCUUUAAUACCCAGGUCUGUGUCUGUGUGUGUGUUUUAUCUUGUGUAUUUGUGAGUUUCCCCCCGCUGUUAUGGAAAAGAGGAAAAGUUUCAGCAAAUUUUUACAUAACCCUAAAGUUUUAGAAGGUGUCGAAAGUUGCAGCGAAAGUUAAGUUAAAAAUCGUGCCCGUGUGAGGCUCAGUCAGGCUUUCAGGUCUGCUUUGUGAAGCCGGAAGAAUCACCGUGUUUUGCAUCCGUGUGUUUGUACAGGUGACGGCUUUAGUUAAGCUGAAGCAGUGUGAGGACACACACCUCGGCGAGGAGGUGGACAGGAACUGGGCUGAGGUGGUUACGCAGCAGUAUGUGUUCGACAGGCUCAACAAAGAGGUGAGGGCACGCACACGCACACACACUCAGCCAUUAAAAUAAUGCAUACAUCCUUUACAGGCUUUUGCAGACGGUGCGUUCAGUCUUUGACAGCCUAAUCUACUUGAGGGGUUUCAUGUUGCGCCUUUUUCUUUAAGCUCCUGUGAGGAGUUUUUAGCUGAUAAUGAAACAGACUGAAAUUAAUCCAGCUGCCUCUGUAUGACCUACAAAAGCAAACAAGACCAUCAGAGACCAGGCUGAUUAUUCUGCAUACUUCUUCUUAAUGCCUGUAAAUGCUGCCAGGGAGCAGACGUAAGAAGAGGCCAUUAGCAGCAGGGUACUUAAACACGCUUUGUUUACGUUCUCCAUAGCAAGGGUUUAAUGUAGGCUGUUUGACAUUUAAGGUGAAGAAUGAAUGUCAGAAAACACGUGUACUACAAGACUAAGAUUUGUACCCAGGGGUCAGCAAAAUCAACAUAACUCAAAUGUUCCUCAUAGGAGCUUUAAAUGUCAUGAAUUCAGCUUAUCCGUGGUCUCAAACUCACAAAGCACGCAAUUUUCAAGUAUUUAAAACCUUCACGUCACAAUCAUACAGCGGAUCUCAUCACCACCACCACCAUUAACAAACUUAAGGCAAAAUAAGUAGGACUUUGUUUGGCUGAGGCUGUAUCCGUCCUCUCCCUGUCAGUUCUUUAAUGCUGCGUUUAAGGGUUCGUGGCCCCAAGCAAACCACAGUGUGCUGACUGUGGUGAAAACUCUGUCAUGUUUUCACCAAGGGCCUCAUCGUUUGCGCCCACUUGAGAGGAUGCGGUUGGUGAUGUGGAACUGGCCAGCUUUAUAUAUGAGUGUUGAGUUCAUGCUCCGCAAACAAGAAACUGCACUUUGUCUGCCUUUAAAACGCCAAUUAGAGUUUUGUCCUGAUAGCUUAAAAAGCUUGAGGUCUUUAAUAUAUUGUCAAAUCUAUCCUCUGAGGGCUGUUGAGUGUGUGUAACAUAUCAUAUCGCAUCGUUUCAUCUCGUCUCAUAACGUAUUGUAUCAUAUAUGUUGCAUCUUAUCGUAGCAUCUUGUCGUGACGUACCGUAUCGUAUUGCAUCAUAUUGUGUCAUCCAGUCUCGUAACAUAUCUUAUUACAGCGUAUCAUAUCUGUUGUACUGUAUCAUCUCACAUUGUAUUAUCUUGUAUAGUAUCAUAUCGUAUCAUACUGUGUUAAAUCUAGUGUAUCGUCUCAUAUAAUAUUGUAUUAUAUUGUAUCAUAUCGUAUCAAAUCAUAUCACAUUGCAUUGUAUCUCAUCGUUUCAUACUGUAUCACAUCGUACCGUACUUAAUUGUAUUGUACCGCAUCGUAUCAAAUCGUACUUUUUUGGUAUUUUAUCUCAUCGUAUUUUAUUGUAUCAUAUCUGUUUCAUCUUAUCCUAUCGUCUUGUGCCGUGUCGUAUCAUAUCAAAUCGCUUCUUAUCACAUUAUUUCGUAUCAUAUUGUGUCAUCUCAUCUCGUAACUCUCUUAGUACGCCGUAUCAUAUCCGUUGUAUUGCAUCAUAUCAGAUUGUAUCAUCUUGUAUUAUAUCUAGCGUAUUGUCUCGCAUCGUACUGUAUCCAAUCAGAUUGUACCAUAUUGUAUCGUAUCACAUCAUAUCACAUCGUACCAUCUGGUAUUGUACCAUAUCAUACCAUAUUGUAUUAUAUCUAGAGUAUUGUCUCGCAUCAUACUGUAUCGUAUGGUAUUGUACCAUAUUGUAUCGUAUCAUAUCUGUUGCAUCGUAUCCUAUCGUCUUGCGCCGUGUCAUAUCAUAUCAAAUCACUUCUGAUAGCAUUGUUUCGUAUCAUAUUGUGUUAUCUCAUCUCGUAACUCUCUUAUUACGCCGUAUCAUAUCUGUUGUAUUGUAUCAUAUCACAUUGUAUUAUCUCGUAGCGUAUCAUAUUGUAUCAUUUUGUAUAAUAUCUAGUGUAUUGUCUCGUAUCAUACUGUAUCUAAUCCUAUUGUACCAUAUUGUAUCGUAACGUAUCAAAUUAUAUCACAUCGUUUCAUCUCGAAUUAUAUCAUAUCGUAUUGUAUUGUAUUAUAUCAAGCGUAUUGUCCCGCAUCGUACCGUAUCGUUUGGUAUUGUACCAUAUUGUAUCGUAUCUAAUCAUAUCACAUUUUAUUGUAUCGCAUUGUGUCAUGCUUUUUUGCAUCACAUCAUAUUUUACUGUAUCGCAUUGUAUCACAUCAUAUUGUAUCAUAUCAUACCUUAUCACAUUGUAUUGUAUUGUAAUCGGUCUGCAGUAACCACUUAUUUUGGUAAUUAAGUACAAUGUUAGUAAUUAAUGGAGUAAUCUGAGAAAUGUUGCAUGUCCAGUAGUUUUUUCCUGUAAAUAAUUUUUUGCCUUUACUGCUGUAACAAUUUUGAACCUUUUUUUUUUGGAAUAAGAAACUAUUUUCUUGGCUUGCUUUAGGGUCUAAAUCAUCUCUUUAGUUCUAGAGAUGAUUUAGUGGGCACCACUACCUAUGUUGGUGGAGCCUGAGUGCUGUCAGGCUGUUAAACUUGACAAAAGCAGCAGGAAAUCACACACACGGGCAGAGUUUCCUCCUGUUCUUUUAUCUAGUAGACCUCUAAAGAGGUUUUCACUGCGCUGAAUCCCUAAAUCAAGUUCCCCAAAUCGACAGCGGCGACAAGUUUAACAUCUAAUUCAGUCUUACAGCAUAAUCAAUACAUAGUUGUUAAAUUGCAUAAUUUAAACAGUAUGGUCUCACUGCUGGUGUUUCUCUGUGUUUAGAUCGCGGCGCUGAAGCAGAUGUCCAGGGACGAGCUGGUCUCCUGGUUCAAAGGACACCGAGAACAGAACAGCCGCAAACUCAGCGUGCAUGUAAGCCGCGUGUUAAAAACAGAAGGUGAAAGGUGUUUCUAUGAAUGUUUGUGUGAUACCUAAUGUAUCCAUUUCCCCUGAAGGUGGUGGGCUUUGGUGCCGAAGAGAACGGCGAGGGGGGCGGCGAUAAAAAAGAAGAAGGCGAAGAGGGCAAAAGGGAGGAUUUGAGCAGCUCUGCGUACGGCGAGGUGUCCAAGCUCACCUUCCUUCUCGCCUCGCCGAAGAUGGCCGGCUCUAUAGCCAUCAUGGACGUUCACGCCUUCACCAAAGACCUGCCCCUCUUCCCUUACCACAAGAUACUAGAAUAGCCUCGCACUCACACCGUGACAAAGAGGAGGGGGCUCAGCUUUAUUACAGAUGCAGAGGUGAAGGCUGGAAUGGUUUUUGACCCCCCCCCCCCCCCCGGACCUGGAUUCUGUCUCAGGGCCCCAGCUGUAGAUUUUAUCCAAAUUGUGUGUACUGGCAAAGUGCCUCCAAGUAGUGAUAGAGUUUUCUUUAAGUGAUAAAUGAUAAUCCAUUCUUCUGUCUCACCCUCGAUUGUUUUGUUUCCUCAGACACUGAGAGUGUGGGAGCGCUUAUCCAUUUCUCUAUCCCACACUGACUGAAGAUCGUUGGAUCAAAUUCUCAUUUAUUUGGCUCUCGAGCUCUGCUGCUAUUACAGCACUGAAGCCCUGCAUUUUCUCUGUGUUUGUUUUGGAGCCCACGGUGAGCCUAAUACAAUUUGAAAAUACAAAUCAACUGUGAAAACCGCAGAAUUGCUGAAUCCCUUGAACUCGGGAGUUGUGUGUUUGAGUGAUUGUGUGCCGGAUUUUCAGGCUCUUGUGUGCGCUCUGCUGUCGAAUGAGCUGACCUGGAUUAUGCCGCAGUAUGAAACCGCACUAAGAAAUGAAUCAAGGAGUGAUGAGUGAAUCAUUGAAGCAAUGAGCUGACUUCUGAAGACACACUUUUGAGACCUCAUAAAGUCAAACUUGUGAAACCAAAGAAGAGGAGUCGAUCACUUUGUUUGUGUGCGCUCCCUCCCUGCGGUCCAGACUCCAUUUUCUCCAUUUUUCUUAUUCUUCUGAAUGCUUCUUAAACUCCUACAACUUCAAUUUACUUAAAAUACAAGUCACUUCAAACACAACAGGCAGCGGAAUAAUUUCAGGGUCGGGCUGUGUGACAAACAGCAAGGUCCUUUCAGAGUCAGAGGUGUUUGUAUGCCGGUGACUCAGUAUGCCUGCCGUCAGCUGUUUAAUUUACUCAGGUUUAAUUUAUGUGUAAAUUGUACAUCAAUCACACACUCUCUACUUUCUUCUCCUUGGGGGGAAGGUUGUUGCAGGUGAUAUUGUGUCAGACUUGUGCCUGGUGACUCUGCACUAUUGAGUGUAAUUAAAAACUAAUCCAGGGCCCAGCACAGCAGAGCAUGUUAACAGAAUCGACUAAUAUGCCCACAGGGAGGCCUCUUUCUGUUCGAGUCCUCACCUGCCUCACAUAGAAUGAUUUCCUGUACACUUUGCGGGGGAACAACCUGUCUAAAUAAGGAGUACAAGCUUUCUGCGUACAGUAGAUGUUCAAAUAUGUACAGAUGCCAACACACUGUACCUAUUCGUGACUGUUAACCUUCCCAGAAUCCUCUGCUGUAAUCCUGUGGGGGGAUUUAAUGCCAGUGCAAAUGUCAAAUACGGCUGUCGAGCUGCGUUCAAGUUUAUCCUAAAGUCAGAUGGAGUUAACGUCAAAGCUCUGCGCAGGUAAGUCAAGGUCUAACACAAGAAACGUUUUAGUAGUUUUAGUUAAAACCGAGUCAUUCCCAGUGCUCUUGAAGUAAAUGGCUUAAAGCAAACCUAACCAUCAGUAAAUUCAGUUUAUCAAUAUACUUAAAAAAAAUAAAAUAAAAGUACACCCCAGCUGAGGAGGAGUUUAAAUCUUUUCCUAGUGCUCUCUUCUUGCAGGUUCUGGUUACAUGGAAGAGAAAUAAGCUUCUCUAAAGCCCCACAGAGUGCUGUUUAGGAUGACAAACAGAUCUAAUUAGCUUUUAGUUUACUGUUAUCUGAGCUUUGCCUCGCUGGUUGAUCAGCCACAUUAAUCUCCUCUGUGGGGAAUACAGGAUAUUAAGAAUAGGACACCGAGACUUACAUUACACCAAACCAAAUAUGCAGCUGCUUUGGUGGGAAAAUGUAAUCUGUGAAUAUUAAAAAUGAAAAGCGCUGCCUUUACAUCACCCGAACUUUGCGUACUAUGAAAUCCAAUAACAUCCUUAUUUAGGAAAACCCUGCAGUACUUUAAGGGUCGAAGAAAUCCUCAGUAAAUUAGAGACGAGAGCUAAACAUUAACAUAUGGCUGCUUCAAUUUCUUUGGCCCUGAGGUCAUAUCAGCACUUGACUGUUAAUGAAAAUACUUCUUUUAAGACUUUGGAAGUCUUUACACUGAUACAGCUCUUUAUAAUCUGUUGUAAAUCCACCUGCUGUUCAGCCUGAUAUCUUCAACUUAGCAACUCCAGAGUGAUAGCCUUUUAUCUGUAGUGUUUCCAUUACUGUGGUUUGUCUUCUGUGGAGCCGCUGUAUAUAAUAAAGGCUUUAUUGAG